UUUCUCAUUCUCCCCUCAAUCGAAUGCAGUACGUAAAAGCCGCGCUGCCCGUAAAGAGCAGCACAGGGACAGACACACUCACUCACACUCACAGCCGCUGAAGGCUCCGUGCGGGUACGGCUGGCCCAACAGCCCCAGUGCCGAGCGCAAAACGCGUGGAGAUCGACCAUCUGAAGUCGUCGUCAAAAAUGUGCAGCGCAGCGUGCUACGUUGCAUCCGAACUUGUGGGCGCCGUGCGCGCCAGGGGAACGGGGCCUCAGCCCGACGCCCCGCGGGGCCGAAGGCUGGCCACCGCGGGCCGGGUCGGCCAGCAGGCACGCCUCGCCUGCAGGAGGCGUCUGGACAGAGCAGCACUUGCAGGAGGGAGAGGGGGAGGAGGAGGAGGGGAAGGAGGAGGAGGAAAUGGAGAGAGCAAGGCAGGUUGGCGCGCACUGCGUAAAAGCUGCGCUGCCCGUAGAAGGCAGCAUAGAGGCAGCACAGAGACAGAGACACGCAAGUAGAGGGGCCCAGGGACGCACACACACACAAAUACAUAGGCAUAUAUCCAAGGAGAGCAUCGCCUCCGCACCUCGGCUAGGCCCGCGGAGGCCGCAGCGGUCACUCCGCCGCCGCGCGCGGCUCCUGGGCCGGGCCCAAUGGCGCCGAGGCCGAGAGAGCGCCUCUCGGUGGAGGGCUCUAUGCCGUGCAGCGCGUGGGGAGAGGACUGACCACAAAAAAAAAUGCGCCGUGGCAGCAUGCAACCCGCCGUCGCGACUUGUUUUUUCAAUGCGCGGUCCCCAGAAGUCUCGACCCACUUGGGACGCAUAGAGACAUAGUAAUACUAUAUAAGAUUAGAUACGAAUGGAUAUGUUUCAAAAAUAGAUACGUUUAGAUGUUGGCGCCAUUCAGCUACCCGUUACGGUGCCGUUGAGCCAUGGGACAGUCAGCUCCCGGACAGCACGGGCGCGGAGGCCCCGCACGGACCGCCCGGCCGAUCUCCGGGGACCCCGGCCGGGCGCCUGCACGCAGGGCCACGUGGCCUCGAAGGGCGUCGGCCCGUCGUCGCCGUCGCCUUCUUUA